AAACCAACAAAAACAAACAAAAAGAUCAAACCUUUUAUCAGAACAAACCCAAAUUCCAAAAACACAAACAGAGUUAACCCAACAGAGAGUUUUGCUUCAAUGGAGAAGUUGAAGUCGUUUUUCAGCAACAGAUGGCUGGUUUUUGUGGCGGCAAUGUGGAUGCAAUCCUGGGCUGGAAUUGGGUACUUGUUUGGGAGCAUAUCACCAGUGAUCAAGAGCUCCUUGAACUAUAAUCAGAGGCAGAUUGCAAGGCUUGGUGUGGCUAAGGACCUUGGGGACAGUGUUGGGUUUUUGGCUGGGACUUUGUGUGAGGUUUUGCCUUUGUGGGCUGCUUUGCUUAUUGGUGCUUUGAAGAACUUUGUAGGGUAUGGCUGGGUUUGGCUUAUUGUCACUGGUAGAGCUCCUCCUUUGCCUCUCUGGGCUAUGUGCAUUCUUAUAUUUGUGGGAACAAAUGGUGAAACCUACUUCAAUACAGCUGCUCUUGUUUCUUGUGUACAAAACUUCCCAAAGAGUCGUGGUCCUGUGGUUGGAAUUCUCAAGGGCUUUGCUGGGUUGGGUGGCGCAAUUAUGACUCAGAUAUAUGCAGUAAUCCAUUCCCCAGAUCAUGCAUCUCUGAUUUUCAUGGUUGCUGUUGGUCCAGCAAUGGUCAUCAUCGCGUUAAUGUUUAUUGUCAGACCAGUUGGAGGUCACAAACAAGUCCGGCCAACUGAUGACAUGAGCUUCACAUUUAUCUACAGUGUGUGCUUACUGUUAGCUGCUUACUUAAUGGGGGUCAUGCUAGUUGAAGAUCUAGUUGAUUUGAACCACUCUGUGAUCAUCAUUUUUACAGUGGUUUUGUUUUUCCUCCUCUUGGUUCCCUUUGUGAUUCCUAUUUCAUUGAGUUUCUUCUACCCAGAACCAAGAAUUUCAGAAGAGGAGUCACUCCUGUCUGCUACGCAGAAACAAGAAGCAGGCAAAUCUGAAGCAGAUGCUAAUGAGGUGAUUUUCAGUGAGGUGGAAGAUGAGAAGCCUAAAGACGUAGACUUGCUUCCAGCACUGGAAAGGCAAAAACGAAUUGCCCAAUUGCAAACAAAACUAUUCCAAGCAGCUGCAGAAGGAGCAGUCAGGGUGAAGAGGAGGAGGGGUCCACGUAGAGGGGAAGACUUCACCUUGACACAAGCUUUGAUCAAAGCAGACUUCUGGCUUAUUUUUUUCUCCCUUCUCUUGGGUUCUGGAUCUGGUUUGACAGUGAUUGAUAACCUUGGUCAGAUGAGCCAGUCUCUAGGAUAUGAUAACACGCAUAUAUUUGUGUCCAUGAUCAGCAUUUGGAACUUUCUUGGUCGUGUCGGCGGUGGUUAUUUCUCUGAGAUUGUUGUGAGGGAUUAUGCUUAUCCGAGACCAGUAGCAAUGGCUGUGGCACAACUCAUAAUGGCAGUUGGGCACCUUUUCAUUGCUUUUGGAUGGCCUGGGGCAAUGCACAUUGCUACCAUCUUGAUUGGGCUAGGAUAUGGGGCUCAUUGGGCAAUUGUACCGGCAGCUGCCUCUGAAUUGUUUGGCUUGAAAAAGUUUGGUGCUUUAUACAAUUUCCUCACACUAGCGAAUCCUGCUGGUAGUUUAGUCUUCUCUGGUCUGAUUGCUAGCAGUAUAUAUGACCGUGAAGCAGAGAAGCAGGCUCAUCAGCCUCAUCCCAUGCAUCAGAUUCCAGGAUCAAUUUUCCAAGGAAUACUUGGACAGGAUGCACCAAAGUGUCAUGGUGUGGUAUGCUUCUUCUUAACUUCGGUAAUUAUGUCCGUCUUCUGCGUUAUUGCAUUUCUUUUGAGCAUGAUUCUGGUACAUCGGACUAGGAUUGUAUAUACCAAUCUGUAUGGAAAGUCCCGUUCAUCUGGGCUUUCAUAAUUGGAUGAGCUCAUGCAGAAAUUCUUCAAUUGUCAAUGGCACCUUCAAACUGGAGUUUGUUGUCCAAGAUGUUUGUAUACUAAGAUUUUUUGUGUGGCUCAUCAAUAUAUAUCAAGCGUGAUGAAGGUUAACACUCUCCAGAACUACCGAGGGGCAAAAAUGGACACCAAAUUUUUUCAUUCCCUUGGGGUCUAAGUCAAUGCGGCUUGUAGUUGU